GCUCUAACCGCUGGUAUGAACCCCCACCACCCGGGCCACUCCGCAGCCUACCCGCAUCAUCCCUCUCUCUCGAGCAGUCCUCAUCACUCUGGGCCCCAUCAUGGCUACAGCACCGGUGGAGGAGGCGGUGGGGGCGGUGGUGGUGGCACCACCACCACCCCGGACCUGCCAAGCCCUCACUCGCCUCCUCACGGUCCCGCCAUUGACCCAGCUACCCCUUACGGCUCCCUUCAGCCUGGCCAGGGCAUGGGCAGCAAUGGACAUCAUCACGGCGCUGCUGGAAUGAUGACCGAUCAUCCACAUCACCCAGGCCACCCUCACCCCCACUUACCAAGUCAUCCAGCUUAUCCACCGGUUAAUCACAACAACAACUGUACGCUUAAGCAAGAAGGAGGCCCAAGCGGACCAACGGGGAUCCAGCAAUGCGCCGGUUGCGGCGGUCAAAUAGUAGAAAGAUGGUUGUUGCUCGCAAUGGAUCGGUAUUGGCACAACGGUUGCCUCAAGUGCUCGUACUGUGGCGCGGCACUGGCGGAAAUCGGCCACUCGUGCUACACCAGGAGCGGCAUGAUCCUCUGCAAAAGCGACUACAGAAGGAUGUUUGGAAGUAGUGGUGCUUGUGCAGGUUGCGGCAACGCGAUACCUGCCACCGAGCUGGUAAUGAGGGCGGGUGGAUCGGUAUUUCAUCAGAAAUGCUUCACCUGUAGCAAAUGCGGAAAUCAACUCGUUUCCGGCGAUAGGUACUACUUGCUAUCGGGGUCACCGGUGUGCGAGACGGAUUGGCACAAAAUCGUGAAAUCGUCGAGCGUUGCGGCCGCGGCCGCCGCGGCAGCGGCCGGAAACGGGGGUGCACCGGUAAGAAAAGGUAAGGUCGGUCGGCCUCGAAGGAGUCGCGAAUGAGGCGGCAACCCGGUCGGUCGCCCGAAG